UGCACUCAGAUACAACAGCAGAGAGAUCAGUGAGAUCAGUGUCAAGCUCAAGGCUGUUCUUAACCAAGCACUGGUACCUGCCACCUGCUGAACAUCCAUAUUCUGUGGGCUCAUCAUGGGAAACUGCACUUCAGGGAUAAAGAUGAAAAGGAAAGGGGGUUCUUCUCCAGAUGAUAACAGCAGCGCAGAUAAUAAGCCUAAGGAGGAUGUAACAUAUGCCUCUAUUGACCACAACUCUGCCAAAGGAUCAAGAAGAACCAGAGCUACCCCUGACGAUGAUUGUGACUAUGCAACAGUUAAUGUCACAGCAGCACUUCAACCACAGUCGGAAAGCUCAUCUAAAGAAGAAUGUGAUGACGAUUAUGUACUCAUGGGCUGAACCGAAACUGGAGGAAACAUUCAUUCAUGCUGUUGGAAGAUGCAGGACCAGUAGAUAAUAUCACAAACAGGAGAAAGUGUCUAAUAUUGUGUAAUGACAUCCAAGAAGUUGUUUGCUGAUGAACUGCCAAGUUUCCAGUCAAACUGUUCAUCAAAUCUUCUCAAUCAUCUUCAGUGAAGAAACUGUGAUAGAAUAAAAAAACAAACACCCACAGUCAACAGCAGCUGGUUGUGGAAACACCAAUCCCCAUGAUGUUUCCCUCCACUUUUGAGGUAACCUCAAGCCUGAACACAACGGGGGUGUUCCUUCCCCAAGAAGACAAACUCGCAUCACAUUUGACCUCUUUACAGAGGAAACACAACCUCAGGACGAUAAACUGCAGCUCUUUAGUGUGAUAUGCCUGGAUUCCUGAAACUUCAUCACAUUAGCACAUUAUCUGGAAUCAGUGAGUCAGGGAAAGAAACUGGACUUGUUUUAAUUUUGGUCAAUCAUACAAAACACCAUACCAUUUACACCAUUACCUGAAUAAUAGAAUUUAGUAGUGAAGUCCCAAACUUUUAUGUAAUUCUAACAUCUUUUAAAGGUCCAGUGUGUGGGAUUUAGCGUGUAGAACUUAUGGUGGCCACAAAUCUCCCAAAAAUCACGAAAAGGCCCUAUCCUUUUUGUGAUUUUUGGGAGAUUUGUGUACUGCAAAGUCUGUGCUGAACAUGGUGGUUCAACAUGGCAGACUCCAUAGGAGAGGACCCGCUCCCUCUGUAGAUAAAAACGUGUCAUUCUGAGCUAACAAAAACACAACAAUUCCUAUUUUCAGGCGAUUAUACACUA